GAAAAUAGAAACAAAUCCUAAUCACAUGUGGGUCAGAUAUAGUUUAUGUGGGGCACACAGCCCAAUCCCAUACACCUCCAAUAAUUCACCUCACCAUUACAUUACAGUUUACAGUAUAUAUCUCUCAAGUCUCAACCCCACCCCAACAGAUUUCUUCAGUGGCUGAUCUGCUAUGUGGAACAACCUCCCCUUGGAUCUCCUUGCCAGGGUCUUCUCCUUCCUCUCGCCAGACUCCUUAGCUCGGGCCACAGCAGCCUGCAAGCAUUGGCGUGCCUGCGCCAGGACUUUCUCCUCCUACACAGUCUCCGUGGAGACCGACUGCUGCUGCCACCCUCCAUGGUUCCUAGCCAUGCAUACGCGUAACCACCGUGGGUUCUCAUUCUAUGUUCACAACCCAAGUUUUGAUCGAUGGCAUUUGCUCCCUCUCGACUUCCUUCCAGACCCAAUUCGCCCGGUUGCUCCAAUUGGCAGCCUCCUCCUCUACAGGCCCGCCGUCUCCUCUCCCCUCCAACUGGGCCUCUGCAACCUCUUCACCAGACAUUACAGAGUUCUUCCCAGCUUAACCACCCCACGCACCAAUCCGGCGGUGGGCGUGGUUGGUGUGGACAAGACCCGAGAUGACGCCUCGCCUUCUUCCUUCAGAGUUUACGUGGCCGGGGGCAUGUCCACGACCCCACGCCGGGGUACCACCUAUGAAGCCACACUGGAGAUGUAUGAUUCACGAGUUGAUAAAUGGCAGAGCCUAGGAUGGAUGCCAAUUGAAUUUGCAGUGAGACUGACUGUCUGGACUCCCAAUGAGAGUGUAUACUCUGAUGGGGUCCUAUACUGGAUGACAUCUGCUCGAGCCUAUAGCGUGAUGGGCUUUCAAGUGAGCACAGGCCUGUGGAAGGAGGUGAAGGUGCCUAAGGCAGAUCAACUCGAGUUCGCCUCUCUGGUCAGGCGGAAGGGAAGGCUAGCGCUUGUGGGAGGAGACUGUAUGGGAGAAGCUUGCAUAUGGGAGCUUGGAGUUGGAGAUCAAUGGAUGUUGCUGGAAAUGGUGCCGGUGGAAUUGGGAAUGAGGUUUCUAGGGGGCAAGCGAAAUUGGUGCAGUACUAAGUGUGUGGGGAUUGAUGAGGCUGUCUACUUGUAUAGAGAUCUUGGAUCUGAAAUGUUGGUGUGGAGAGAAGUUGCAGUGAAGGGUAGAUGGGAGUGGGAUUGGAUUGAAGGUUGUGGUUCUAUCAGGGGAGAAGAAGUUCCAAAAUUCCCAAUUAAAGGAAUGCUUCUGCAACCAAGUCUAAAUCCGUCUUACAUUCUUGAUCAUUGACAAACACCAGUUAAUCAAUGUACUGUUCUGUUUAAUCAGGGAUUUGUUGUCGCCUUUCUCAAAAAGUGUCAUUGUUCUUUUCAGCUUUCAAAUACUGUUCAAAUAUUCUUUCCAUGGCUAUUUGUCUGACAUGAUUGGUGUACGCUCGGCAUCACAGGUUGGAUGGUUAAGAAUUAAGCUUUUCAUG